AGGUCUACAGCCUAUGCCUAUAUUCUAUACAGAAUGUGCAAUCUACCAUUUUCCCCUUAGAAGCAAAGUUCGACUUUUGGCUGUGAUUGCUGCUGCUUUGAUGGUGAUGGAGGUGUGAAGCGGCGAAAAAGCUACCGAGCAAAAAUGGGUGAGAUAAGUAAAGAUGAUGUCGAGAAAUACCUGGAGAACAACCCACAGUUUGCCAAGGAGUAUUAUGACAAAAAACUGUGUGCGGAAGUAGUGGGAAGCGUCUUCAAAGUCAACCCUGGGGAUGUAAAGGAUGGAAUCUCCUUCAAGGAAAUGACAAAGCUGGAGGAAUGUCAGGUGCUUUUUGAGCUGAUGAUGGAAAUGCAGGAAGAAGCCAGCUCUGUGGAAAAGAUAGUGCACAAAAUCCUGCAAAGGUUGGCACAGUUGCUGGCAGCUGACCGGUGUAGUAUGUUUAUUCAACGUUCCCGCAAUGGUAUUCCAGAAGUGGCUAGCAGGCUCAUGGAUGUCACCCCUACUUCCAAAUAUGAGAGCAAUCUGGUGCCUCCUGAGAAAGAAGUCGUUUUUCCUCUGGACAUUGGGAUAGUUGGGUGGGUUGCUCAUACCAAGAAGGUAUUUAACAUACCAGAUGUAAAAAAGAAUAAUCAUUUCUCCGACUUUGUGGAUAAACAAACCGGCUAUACAACCGUCAACAUGCUUGCAGCUCCAGUAGUGUCUGGGAAAGAGGUUCUCGCUGUGUUCAUGGUUCUUAACAAGCAAAAUGCCUCUGAAUUCUCUAAAGAAGACGAAGAUCUUUUUAACAAAUACAUUAAUUUCCUUGCACUUGCUGUAAAGCAGCAUCACAUGGCAUACUUGUACAAUAUUGAAUCCAGAAAAAGUCAGAUGCUUUUGUGGUCUGCCAACAAAGUAUUUGAAGAACUUACAGAUAUUGAGCGACAGUUUCACAAAGCACUGUACACCAUUCGAAUAUACUUAAACUGUGAAAGAUAUUCUGUUGGUCUGCUGGACAUGACCAAAGAGAAGGAAUUCUAUGAUGAAUGGCCAAUUAAACUGGGAGAAGCAGAGCCUUACAAAGGACCAAAAACACCCGAUGGCCGAGAAGUCAACUUUUAUAAGAUUAUUGAUUACAUCUUACAUGGAAAAGAAGAAAUCAAAGUCAUUCCAUCACCUCCUCCAGAUCACUGGUGUCUUGCUAGCGGAUUGCCAACUUACGUUGCUGAAAAUGGAUUUAUUUGUAAUAUGAUGAAUGCACCAGCAGAUGAAUACUUCACUUUUCAGAAAGAAGCUUUCGAUGAGACAGGGUGGAUUAUUAAAAAUGUCUUAUCUUUACCUAUUGUCAACAAGAAGGAAGAAAUUGUCGGUGUAGCUACAUUUUACAACAGGAAAGAUGGCAAACCCUUUGACGAGCAUGAUGAACAGAUUACUGAAAUGCUUACACAGUUCCUGGGAUGGUCUGUUCUAAAUACCGACACCUAUGACAGAAUGAAUAAGCUUGAAAACAGAAAAGACAUUGCUCAGGAAAUGCUGAUGUAUCAGACAAAAGCAACAGCGGCUGAAAUUCAGACCAUAUUGAAAUACAAAGAAAAACUGAAUUUAGAUGUUAUAGAUGAGAACUGUGAUGAGAAACAACUUAUCAAAAUUUUGAAAGAGGAAUUGCCUGAACCAAAGGAUGUAGAACUUUAUGAAUUUCGCUUCAGUGACUUCCCCGUUACAGAACAUGAGUUGAUCAAGUGUGGGAUACGGAUGUUCUUUGAGAUAAAUGUUGUGGAAAAGUUCAAAGUACCAGUAGAGGUGCUUACAAGGUGGAUGUAUACUGUGAGAAAAGGCUAUCGUGAUAUCACUUACCACAACUGGCGGCAUGGAUUCAACGUUGGGCAGACCAUGUUCACCCUUUUGAUGACAGGUAGAAUAAAGAAAUAUUAUACGGACCUAGAAGCCUUUGCUAUGGUAUCUGCAGCUUUUUGCCAUGACAUUGAUCACAGGGGGACCAACAACUUGUAUCAAAUGAAGUCAGCAUCUCCACUGGCAAGACUUCAUGGCUCUUCCAUUUUAGAAAGACACCAUCUAGAGUACAGUAAAACCUUGCUACAAGAUGAGAGUUUAAACAUCUUCCAGAACCUAAAUAAGCGCCAGUAUGAAACUGUUCUACAUUUAUUUGAAGUUGCAAUCAUAGCAACUGACUUGGCUUUAUAUUUCAAGAAAAGGACUAUGUUUCAAAAGAUUGUGGAUGCGAUUGAAAAGAUGGAAAAAGAAGAGGAAGCAAUUAAAUAUAUAUCUAUGGACCCGACCAAAAAGGAAGUAAUAAUGGCGAUGAUGAUGACUGGCUGUGACUUGUCUGCUAUCACUAAACCUUGGGAGGUGCAAAGUAAGGUUGCCAUCAUGGUUGCAAAUGAAUUCUGGGAGCAAGGUGAUCUUGAACGAACUGUCCUACAGCAACAGCCAAUUCCUAUGAUGGACAGGAACAAAGGUGAAGAACUGCCCAAGCUUCAAGUUGGUUUCAUUGAUUUUGUGUGUACUUUUGUAUACAAGGAAUUCUCGAGGUUCCACAAGGAAAUUACGCCUAUGUUUGAUGGUCUUCAAAACAACCGGGUGGAAUGGAAGUCGCGAGCUGACGUGUACGAAGAAAAGAUGAAGAAGAUUGAGGAAGAAAAGAAAAGGCAGGAGGAAGAAGCUGCCAAGAAAGGUGGAAAGGGUCGAAAAUAACCUAGUAGCAUGGUGAUCCACAGCUUUCAAAUGUAAGUUUUCAUUCUAAUGUUGCUAUGUUAAUUUACAUGAACCAGAAAGCAACAAUUUGCUUUACUACAAAGAGAAAAACUAUGAAAAAUUAAAACCUGUGGAAUCAUUUGAAAGACGUUGGAAGCAAUAGAAAAAGUAGUUUUAAGGUUUGAUUUUGAGAUUCAAUAAAAGUUAUUGGGUCCCCCCCCCAUGUCAUCUGUAUUCAGGAUAAAAAAGGUCCACAUUUUUUCCUCCCAAAGAGUUUGGAGGAUUAUAUCGACGUAUGAUUUAAUUUUCUGUCUGAAGACCUUUCAUCAGCUACAGUUUUGUCAAUGCAGUUAAGUAUACCUAGUUGCUGAAACUUUCCAGGAAGAGUGGUUCAGUGUGUGUUUGUCCUUUGAAAAGUUUUCAUAUAUUGUGCCAUACCUUAGGUGAAUAAUAUUUGGUUAUUAGCCAUCAAGCUGCUAAAUGGUUAUUCAUCAAAUGGCACAAUUGCUGAUAAUGUGUUGAGCUUUAAAAUGGCCAAACACACGUGCUUUCAUGCCACAAAGUAAACACCUGUAAAAUACCUAAUGAACGCUAUUAAAACAAGCACACAUAUCACCUCAAUAACCCUUUGUUUCUGCUUUUUAUUAGCUGAAGCAGCAGGAGGAGGAGGCGGCGGCGGUGGUGGUGGAGGAGGAGGAGGUGGAGGAGAAGAGGGCAAAUCAAAAACAUGUACAAUUUUAUAACUGACUUCAAUGGCACUAAAAAAACAUCAAGGACAAUAUUUCUGCUACAGUGGAAGAAAUCUAGGAAGAUCUUCAGUGAGCUUGGGGAUUUCUCUGAAACAUAAAGUAGCAUACAGUCCAGUCCUUGUCUGCCAUUUCCAGUGGAAUCAACAGUGACAGCAUUGGGAGGAAACUGAAAAAAAAUCACGACGAAUGGAUGAAAUAUAAUCAGAGAUUAAUUUGUACAAGUGGAUUAUGGGUUCAUUUCUUGGGUUGCUGUCAUCCUCAAUUUAUACAGAAUGUUUUUUAUUAAACGAAUUAAAGCUGCGAACUGUCAGGAUUUUUACACUAUUUUCUGUCAAUUUCAUAUAAGCAUCUCUACAUUGCCCACCUUGUAAUCCCAUAAUUAGUAAUGGAGAAAAAUAGGUUUUAUAUUAUGUUUAGCCCUUUCAUCUGGAAUUAUUUAUCUUCUUUUCCCUGUACUGUUACAAAUAAAGUUGCAGCAGAUGUCAUGUUA